AUGGAUAAUAUUCAUCAUACUCUGGAUGAUCAUAUUAUGGAUGACAUUCAUCUUACUCUGGAUGAUCAUAUUAUGGAUGAUAUUCAUCCUACUCUGGAUGAUCAUAUUAUGGAUGACAUUCAUCGUACUCUGGAUGAUCAUAUUAUGGAUGAUAUUCAUCCUACUCUGGAUGAUCUUAUCAUGGAUGAUAUUCAUCCUAUUCUGGAUGAUCAUAUCAUGGAUGAUAUUCAUCAUACUCUGGAUGAUCAUAUCAUGGAUGAUAUUCAUCAUACUCUGGAUGAUCAUAUCAUGGAUGAUAUUCAUCAUACUCUGGAUGAUCAUAUCAUGGAUGAUAUUCAUCAUACUCUGGAUGAUCAUAUCAUGGAUGAUAUUCAUCAUACUCUGGAUGAUCAUAUCAUGGAUGAUAUUCAUCAUACUCUGGAUGAUCAUAUUAUGAAUGAUAUUCAUCAUACUCUGGAUGAUCAUAUUAUGAAUGAUAUUCAUCAUACUCUGGAUGAUCAUAUUAUGAAUGAUAUUCAUCAUACUCUGGAUGAUAGAAUUAUCUAA